GCAUCCGACUUUUUGGUACUGAAAUGCUCCCGUCCGUUUGCCUUCACAGCUGGAAAUAUUGGCUUUGUGGAGGAACCAAGGCCGAUGCAUUUCUCCUUCAAUUUCCCGUUCCAUGCAAUUGCUCCUGCCGCAAGUUGCAAGGGUCACCCUGAUGCACCCCACCUUACCCCUCUCGAUUGAGCUCCAACUUUCCCUGGCUCUUGCACGAUUGACUGUGUGCUUGAACACAAAACUCCCGACAGCCCGGAGUGCCCAGCUUGGCUCAACACAACACAACACUUGCUCGAACACCCGACGCUAUUCUGCACGGACAGCUCAAACGAGCUUAUCGGCUUCACAAGGCCGCUUUUCGUUCCUGCUGCUUCUGUCCAGUGCGACUAGGCCGCCACGAUACAUCCAAUCGUAUCCGUAACCCAGCCCAGGCUGCCAACUCGCAGCCCCACCGAGUCACGAGCACAACCGCUGUCGAAUCCGAAUACUGUACGGCCACCUGCAGACC